AUGAUGUGGAUGGAGAGCAUAGCAGUGUUUACAGAGGCUGAUUUCGAUAAAUGUGGCAUAGUCAUAGCGCCUGCAAAGAAGCUCUAUCUGGCUGCUCAACAACUUAAACAACAAUCGCUGUCGCAUCAACACGGCAGCAAUGAUAAAUUCUAUACAGAGGUAAAAGAUAUCCUCAUUGAAUCCCAAUGGAAUGGAACUUGGCGACCAUUUGAAAUUUUCCAAGUUGCUCUCGAAACAUUCUACGCAAACGUGUUCACACGAUUCAUGAUGCAUCAAGACUCAUAUGACAAGAUGGACCAUCCCUUUUUGGUCGUACCAGGUGCACCAGGGAUCGGAAAGACAAGAUACCUUUAUGAGUGCCACAAGGUAUUCGAACAAGAAUAUCAAGAUAAACUCGAUGAAAAACAACGAUUGCCAUCCAAUUUCCCAACAUGCAUGCUCCAUUUGGUUGUUUCCUAUGGCAACGGAACAUCCUUUCAGGAAAAGUCCGAGCUCAAUGAACAAGAAACACUCUCCCUUCGUCUUUUCCAUCGAUACUUCUUUGAUGGUAUUAAAGAGGUGGAUGGUGCAAGUUUUACCAAUUUUUGCCAGGCCAUAAAGAGUCGUUUCCAAUCACCAUUGGGUUUGGGAACUUGUUUGUCAACUAUUUAUCAACAUCUUAUUGUACAGAAAAGAAUCGAAGAUGGUGAUAAAGACCUUUGCUCUGGCUUAGAACUCGUCCGUGACUCUCUAGGUGGCUGGCCACGAUUACUGGAAAUAUUUUGGUUUGAUUAUUUUUCUUCGGACGUCCAACAAAGAGCAAACAAAGUUGUUCCAUUCUCCAGCGGUAUCAGUGAAUUUCAUGGGCGGUUAUCUGGAACAUCGUAUCAUCGUAGUCUUUCAAGUCCUCCUCCAUUCAUCCAAACCAUACUUUCCUAUGCUAUUACAUGCAAGUCGGUUGAAAGUUCGUCCCUAAUCCCAGAUUCAAACACCACAUUUGAACAAGCUGAAAUGGACUCGUGCAUCAGAAUCGUCAAGUUUAGAGGUCGCCAUGUUGUAGAUAUUCCCUAUUUCUUUGUCAAAAUGUACGCACAACGUGUUGCUAGUCCAUCAUCAGCAUCUUUGACACAACUCUUCUAUUAUUUAGAGUCUUCCCACUCCAAGAUUCAUUUUGGUGAUUGGGAGAUUAUAUGUGCCAUACAUCAAGAUGUCAGAACCCAAAUGUUUGCUCAAGACAAAACCGUCAGAGUUGGCGAUUUCUUGCCUGGCAUCGCAACAGAUUUUACAAGUGAACAGAUAUUAGACCUUACAAAUCUCAAUGGAACCUAUUUGUUGUUCCAAGGAAAACACAUCAUUGGUGAAACUCGUUUGACAGGUGCUAUGUUUGAAAAAGAACUCAAGAGCCUUGACGAGGCACAACUCAAACCAUAUUUAUAUAUAUUUGUUACUAAUAGAGGAGUUGAUUUACCAGCAAUGAUAACAUCACGUACUCAAGACAAUAUUAUAAUACUCAAUCUUUAUGAAUACCUCCCUAAUUUUAUGCACCCUAUUCUCAAUGUUCAAACCCCCAAACAAACAAAGGAUCAAGCUAUCAUACUCCAAGAAUUCCAAUCAUCAGGUCUUGUUCAAACUACCAGUUGA